CGCCCCCCUCGCAUCGAUUGUGGCCUUUCUUCUCCUUUUCGCCGUCGAUACUUUUGCUGUUUCUUCUCGAUGCUCUUUCGCAUGAUGUGUGCAUACGUUUGCUAGGGUUGCUCCAGUUGUUGAGUUUGCGUGUUCUUCUCUGCUGCCGUCGGAACGUCUUCGCGCUUCAUCCUCAGCUGCCAUGCUUGAUUAGGUAGCACAGGGUCGUCUCUGCCCGACAUUGCGCUCAGGACGGGGGAGUUUGAGUGCGUUUCUGUAGCAUUGAACGAUGUUAGCCAAGUCGGAUUCUACCAAUGAAAAGGAGAUGGCCACUACCUUGAAGUCAACCCCCGCGCCUUCUGCUGAAUCCUCAGCUGAACCAGUAUUGGCUGAGGUGGAGUAUGUUUUGUCCGAGAAUUUGAAAGACUUGAGUGACGUUGACACUCAACUUGAAACUCUGCUGGAAAGACUCGAUUCAAAAGAUUGGUUAGUGGUCUUAGAGGCUCUUACCAAUGUUCGGCAACUGGCCAUCUUUCACGCGGAGUUGAUGCAGCCUAUAUUAGGUGGAGUUGUACAGCUGGUGACUAAAUCCGUGAAGAAUCCGCGGAGCGCCCUGUGUAAGACGGCAAUUAUGGCGUGUGCAGAUAUUUUCAAGAGCUACCACGAGCACUUGCUUGAUAUUCUGGAUCCUUUGUUGUUGCAACUCCUAUUAAAGGCGUCACAAGACAAACGAUUUGUUUGCGAAGAAGCUGAGAGAACUCUUGAAGUUAUGACCCUUUGGAUUCCUCCUCAACCUAUGUUGCAAAAGUUGCAGCCAUACGUUAAGCACAACAAUCCAAAAAUACGGGCUAAAGCAUCUGUGUGUGUUUACAAUUCGGCGACAAGGCUGGGGGUUGAGGACAUCGACCAAAUUGGACUUGAGUCUUUAUUAAAGAUUGCCGCUGCGCAGUUGAAUGACAGGCUCCCAGAAGCUCGAGAUGCCUCUCGUAAAUUGUUACUUUACUUGCAUGUAAUAUAUUGCAGAAAUUCCCCUGAGAUCACAAUUUCAAACUUUCCAGAAAGUGAAGUUCCAACAUCAAAGCAAGACCAUUGGGAGCAGUAUUGUUUUAAAAGUCUUCCAGCUGCUACUGCCCAAGCUGUUCUAAGAGUUACAUGCGUUGACUCUUAGUCUGAUUGCUCCAUUCUUAAUGGACGGACAUGUCUGUACCUGAGAGCUGCUAGACGGAGAGUGUGGUCCAGGAGCACUAAUCGAGCUGGAAUGAUAUCAUGGAUUAGGUGUGUGAUCCUCGCAGCGUUAUCACAUCCUGCAUGUUGAAGGUGGUUUACAAUACAAGACAAUCAAAUUUGAUGUAAAUGGACGUUACUAUGACCAGAUUCGUGUCUUGAUUGUCGUCCCACUUAGUCUCCCGGGGUAACAGCUGAAGAGUUGCUGACGUGAACCAAGAUGUGGUUGAGACUAUUCUAGAUUAUAAUCAAUGGGUACGAACAGUCGUUACGCUCCCCUUCUGUAGAUGGCUAGUGUGUUGAGCAGCGGCUUCUGGAAAUGUUGGUUGCUACGUAUUAUUUUUUCUAUAUUAGUUUCUGCAUACUGUAACGCAGCUGCUAGUUUUCACACUGUCAAACUUCAAAACAGCUUUGAAGACGUGCAGCUUUAAUUUUUUUUUUGGUCCAUUUUUUUAUAUUGAAGCUUACCUCUGAGAUUGAAAUGUGAUUUUUAUUUAAUCCAGGUUGAUGUUGCUUGGUUACCAGUCA